GGCGUCGUUCUGCACGAUUGACUCCUCCUCGCCUUGCGGUCGCGUCCGUAUAUUAAUUGAAAUGCUUGCAGGCGAAGGGGAGGACGGUCCUUGUCCCUGCUGCUCAUCACAGUCUGUGCUUCACUUCUGAAAACUUUUUUCAACUGGACCAGCGGGUUUUUCUUUUUGUGUGAGGAGUCCCUGCGCCAUCAUGAAUCCGCCCUGUGGAAGAUGCAAGAAACCAGUUUACCCCACAGAAAAAAUAAAUUGCCUUGAUAAGUAUUGGCACAAAGGUUGUUUCAGCUGUGAGGUUUGCAAGAUGGCUCUGAGCAUGACGAACUACAAAGGCUUUGAGAAGAAACCUUACUGCAGCAUGCAUUACCCCAAAACCUCCUUCACUAUAGUGACUGACACCCCCGAGAAUCUGCGUCUCAAACAACAGAGCAUGCUCAAUAGCCAGGCGCUCUAUAAGGAGGACUUUGAAAAGAACAAGGGGAAAGGUUUCAGCGUGGUGGCCGACACUCCAGAGAUGCAGAGAGUGAAGAAGACACAGGACCAGAUCAGUCACGCCCUUUACAAGGAGGACUUUGAAAAGAACAAGGGGAAAGGUUUCAGCGUGGUGGUCGACACUCCAGAGAUGCAGAGAGUGAAGAAGACACAGGACCAGAUCAGUAACAUAAAGUACCAUGAAGAGUUUGAGAAGAGCAAAAUCAGAAGUGAUGCACCUCCUCCUGAAAACAGACAAGACUAUGAAGAGCAGCCAUCUAACCCUGUAAGAUUCAAUCAGCCAGCUGGACAAAUGCGCCCUGCUGCUGUAGCACCACCUUGUGGAGGGAAGCGUUACCAGGCCAUGUACAGCUACACGGCAGCAGAAGCAGAUGAAGUUUCCCUCCUGGAAGGGGAUCUGAUCUUAGACGUGGAGCCGAUCGACGAGGGAUGGGUGUUCGGAUUCAACCAGCGCACAGGGCAGCGAGGCAUGCUCCCCGCUAACUACGUCCGACCUGUGUGAAACAAACAGACCUCUGCAACAGACAGACAAUCCAUUAGGUCCAUUUCCAGCAUGAGCUACGCUGUGAAUCUGUUGUCACCACCUACAAUCAGGACUCUUCUCUAAAUCACAUUUUGCAAAUGAAAGAAAAAUGGCUAUUUAAAAAAAAAGUUCCUGCCUGGUUCUGCUUUGCCUUUUUGUCAGGAUGAUGUUUUUCAAAUGUGUUAGGGGCUCUCAAAAAAUGAGUUAAGUCUACUACAGUAAAGUUUCACCUCAGAGAAGAACAAUGAUACUAAAGGUUAAUGUGAAAAGGUUUAUGAAUGUGAUAAAAACCUGCGAAAGAGGAAGGAAGAAGAAAGCAGAAGGACAAUUUUCACAGAAGAAAUAAACAAAUUUAACUAUAUAAUACUUCAUACUUGCAUAAUUUUUUAUCUUUCUCAGGUAAUAUUUACCUUUUUAUGUACAUGUUCUUCAGCAGUUAAGUGCAGCCUUAGCUUUGGACUGACAGACGCAGCUAAUUGUCAAAUCAGUGUGUAAUGUCCUAUUUGUAUCUUCUGCAACAGUCACUAACUGCUUGUAAAUCCCUUAAAACACUUGUUUGAUAUAUUGAAAGACAGAAACGCAUCAGAUGUCAUAUAAUUAAAUCCUUUUAAGAUGAUUCAGUUAAAUAAAAGUGGCAUAUUUAACCUGUCAGUUUGUUUUUCUAC